AUGGCCGCGUCGGAGUAUCCCUCAAGCACAGCCGCGCACGCCGGCAGCGCCGCUGCUUCAGCCUCGCCAAAAAUUACUAAGCUCCCUGAGGACGUCCAGCCCGAGGUGCGGCAGCUUAUCUCCACUGUCCAGGCAUUCAAAGCCGCCACGGACUGGGACCGCAUCGACAGUGCUACUCGCGCGCUCGACGCGGACUGCGUAUACGACUCGCCUUUUAUGUACAUCACUGGCGGCCGUGACAGGGUGCGUGCCGUCGCCAAGCUCCUCGCGCCUUUCGCGUACACUGAGUUUGACCCAAAGCUGGUACACAUCACGAUGAACAGCGCUGAGCGGAAGGCCGAGCUGGAGGUGGAGGGCAUGCUGCGUGUUCUGCCGCGGCGCUAUUGGUUCGCUCCCGUGACCUGGAUUCUGCCGUCCAGCAUCCCCCUGGGCGGCACAAUCACACUGCACGUCACGAGCUGGAACGACAAGGUGUCGCGUAUUCAGGAGCGGUUCACCAACAUCCCCGUUAUCAUUCCCCGCCUGGUCCGCUGGCUGGCCGGCUGGGCGAUGGGCUCCUUCGGCGUGGUGGCAGAGCCCGCGCUAUGCACAUUGAACGACUGGUACACUGCGGGAUUCACCAGCGUGCAGGGCAGCAUGGAACAGGUCGUUCAGCAGCACCCGCAGGCGGCGGCUGUCAUCAGCAAGGCAGCGGAGGUGCGGGACAAAGUGGCCACGAGCGCGGAGGCAGCCAAGGCACGAGUGAUGAGCAUUGUCAGCGAGUAA